CGAAUCGUAGUUACCAACAACUUUUUGCUAACAUGAUCUGAUCUAAAUACUUCAGAUACUGAUUCGCUCUUUGUUAUUAACUGUCAAUCUUCGUCCCAUUACCACUGAGAAAGUAUCAAUACGCCAAUUCCUUCGACAUGGCCUGCCGACGAAUUCCCCGCCUGUACAUGGCCUCCUCUCUCCGCCGACCAUUUCCCGUCAUCCGCUCCUUCAGCAGUACGACGGCAAACCGGUCAACAGAGAACUCGUCCCUGGUGCAUGGGCUCAAAGACAAGCUUAAAGAUGCCAUGCGGGCCAAAGACAAGGAGCGCCUCAACGUCCUCCGCUCUCUGAUGGCCGAGAUCACAAAUGCGUCCAAGACGCCGAACCCAGUCAAUUCCGACGCCAAGCUCCUUGUGCUGCUCAAGAAGCAGAUUGCAUCGUCGGAAAAGGCGCUGGAGGAGUUUGAGAUGGCGAAACGCGACGACCUGGUGGAGAAGGAGCGCGGGCAGAUACAGGUGCUGAAGGGAUACCUGGAGGAGAUACCGGUUCUCAGCAAGGAGCAGGUCGACAGGCUAGUGGACGAAGCUGUGCGAAGCUUGCAGGGCAGCGGAGAGAAGGCAGAUUUCAAGUCAGUGAUGAGGGACGUCAUGAAACAAAUAUCGGGGAAGCCGGUGGACCAGAGCUACGUGGUGGAGAAGAUAAAAUCUGUAACAUCAUAGACGAAGGAUGUGGGUGUUCGGCGCAGGUCUGCGCCCAUUGUAACAUUAUAUCGGAAAUUCGCCCCUUCUCAAAACUUGUCGUCGAUAUGGCAGUAAAAAAUUGCGAAAAGCCAAACAGAAGGGAAGGCGAUAGGGAUGGUCAGAGAUGGGUGGCUCUCAUAAUAAAACUGAAAGGUUGCUCUGGUGAGGUGGAGUUGGGUGAUGGUGGCCCAGCUGCUGCGCUAGACCGUUCCUGCCUCAAACCACGCGGACGCUGCUGCGACGGGAAGCCACUCCUGGAGUGACGUCACUGACGCUUGAGCCCC